AGAGAAACGAGACAAGUAAGGUUCUUCCAUAGUCGUCGAAAUUCAAAUACACAAUCAGCAGAGAAGAGAAGGGGGCUAAUUCUCGCGACUUUGGAAAUGAGGCCGAACAUUGUUACCGAGGCUGGGGUUCAAACUAGAGUUGGACAAUGGUGGAAUGCAAUACCUUUCCUCACGUCAUCAGUGGUGGUAGUUUGUGGGAUUAUCUACCUGAUAUGCCUCUUAACUGGAUAUGACACUUUCUAUGAAGUAUGCUUCUUACCCUCGGCAAUUAUAUCGCGGUUCCAAGUUUAUAGGUUCUAUACAGCCAUUAUUUUCCAUGGAUCGCUGCUUCAUGUUCUGUUCAACAUGAUGGCAUUGGUUCCUAUGGGCUCCGAACUGGAGAGAAUCAUGGGAUCUGUUCGCUUGCUUUACCUGACAAUUUUACUGGCAACAACCAAUGCCAUAUUGCAUCUUCUUAUAGCAUCCUUGGCGGGAUAUAAUCCUUUCUAUCAAUAUGAUCAUUUCAUGAAUGAAUGCGCGAUUGGAUUCUCUGGAAUCUUGUUUUCUAUGAUUGUCAUAGAGACGAGUCUCAGUGGAGUCACCUCUAGGAGUGUGUUUGGUCUCUUCAACGUGCCCGCUAAACUAUAUCCAUGGAUCUUAUUGAUAGCCUUCCAGCUUCUCAUGACAAAAGUUUCACUGCUUGGCCAUCUCUGUGGCAUCCUGUCUGGAUUUUCAUAUUCUUAUGGCCUCUUCAAUUUCCUGAUGCCCGGCUCUUCAUUUUUCACCACCAUUGAGUCAGCCUCCUGGAUGUCUAGCCUAAUUAGGCGACCCAAGUUCAUUAUGUGCACUGGCGGGAAUCCUUCCAGCUACAUGCCCACUUAUUCUGCACAAAACGCAACAUCCAGUGGUUUCUCUACAGGAAAUGCCUGGAGAUCUUUGUCUUCAUGGUUGCCACAGAGGGAAGUAUCUAAUCAGUCUUCCGAGGACAGUAGAUUUCCGGGAAGAGGUAGAACUCUUAGCACUUCCCGUGAUCCAACCGCUCCAGCUGGAGAAACAGACCCAAACCUCCAUGCUAGACUGUUGGAAGAUAGCACUCCAGACCGCCUUUCUGAUUCAACUGUGACCGGCAUGGCAGAGCCAAUCCCCGCCGCAAGACAGGUGCCAAUAGCAAAUGCAGCAGUCCAGCCUCAGCCCCAGACGCAGGGUCGUGUUGCUGGUUCCGAAGAACAAAUUCAGAAACUCGUUGCGAUGGGCUUCGACAGGACACAAGUGGAGGUUGCACUUGCUGCUGGCGAUGACGAUCUAAACGUAGCUGUGGAGAUCUUAAUGAGCCAACAAGUAUAAAAAGUUGUCCGAACAAGUCAUAAGUUGGCUUGUAUUGCAACGCUUGUGUCUCGUUCCAUGUUUUUUUACUUGCAUUUAGAAAGUGUAUAGCGUCUGUAUUCUCUAAGGAUGUUCUUUAACCAGACCAUCAAAACCGGUUUCCCGGUUCAGAAUCUAUACAAACGAAAGGUUGGGUUUAGUUUCGUUUUUGUGGCAAAAUAACCUA